AUGGAGUGUCCGAUCAGUUCAUACGGGAGUCCAAUAGACGGGUCGAUGCAAACCAUAUGUUCUGAAUGGUAUAAUGAAGUGACUAAACCUUCGCCCGAUUGGCCCGAAAGGGGAGAAAUAAAGUUUAUUGAAUACAGCACUAGAUAUAGAGAAGGAUUGGAUUUAGUGCUCAAAGCGAUUACAUUAGAAGUUCGGCCCAAAGAGAAGGUGGGAAUAGUCGGCAGAACGGGUGCCGGAAAGUCAUCGCUAACUCUGGCGCUGUUCCGACUCAUAGAACCGGUCGACGGAUCCAUAUUUAUA